AGAGAUUUCAUAUCGCGAAAUCGACUUCUCCAUGGGUGAAUCCUUCCUCACUUCUCUGAGUAUGGACAACUACUACCCUUCCACCUUCCUGUCUAUGGAGCCGGCUAGCUCCGGUACCGCAGCUGUGGCUGCAGCCCAUGAAGACUCCGAGCGGGAGCUCAUGAUUUAUCAUCGUCAGCAGAUAUCCCUCUCCCUUCCGGCACCUGACAUCAACCUUCCCCUCUCUGCAGACAGCUCCACUCCGCCGCCAUCCUGGAGUUCGGAUUCAUGUGAGAUCCUUGACCUUAGCCCUCAUAUGAAUGAGGUUGAGGCCACCGUCCUCCAUCACCCUAAGGUGUGCAGCCGCAAGUGCACAAAGAAAGGCGAUAGCUUUUGGGGAGCGUGGUUUUUCUUUAAUUUCUACUUCAAGCCUUUGCUUUCUGAGAAAUCCAAGGCGAAGAUCACCCAUGAUGAAAGUGGGUUUUCCGGUUUUGAUAAAUCUGAUCUGAAGGUCGAUGUUUUUUUGGUUCAGCAUGACAUGGAGAAUAUGUACAUGUGGGUCUUCAAGGAAAGACCUGACAACGCGUUAGGGAAGAUGCAGCUUCGGAGCUAUAUGAAUGGGCACUCUCGUCUUGGCGAAUCCCAGUUCCCCUUCAGUGUCGAAAAGGGAUUCGCUCGAUCCCACCGGAUGCAGCGCAAGCAUUACAAGGGAUUAUCAAACCCUCAAUGUAUCCAUGGGAUUGAGGUUGUCAGAUUGCCCAAUUUGACUGGUGUACCAGAAGACGAUCGGAAGAAGUGGAUGGAACUUACUGGGAGGGAUCUGAACUUUCCCAUACCGCCUGAAGCUUGUGACUUCGGAUCAUGGAGAAAUCUUCCUGUUGUUGAUAUCGAGCACGAUAAACCUGCCCCUCUAUUGAGGCAGGGCUCUUCAAGGAGAUUACUAAAUGUUUCAGGAUUGAACCUAUUGAAUCAUGAUCAUGAUUCUGAUGUGAUGGACCUGUCUCUGCAUUCCAAUAAACGCAGGAAGGAUUCUUCCUUUCCCCAUGCCAUGGAGGAGGAUUGCUGCUUGCCUGCACAUUCUUAUUCAGAUAGGCCUCAGGAUAUGGAAAUUCAUCCAAUUGAGCCAUCAUGGAUCCAUGAUUUUACUGGUGUGAUGAGACAUGCGUGUGGUCCUGUUACUGCAGCAAAAACAAUAUAUGAGGAUGAUAAGGGUUAUCUGAUAAUGGUCAGUUUGCCCCUUUCUGAUCAGCACAGAGUGAAGGUUUGUUGGAGGAAUGAUCUUACUCAUGGAAUAGUGAAGAUAUCUUGCGUUAGCACAUCUCGAAUGCCUUUUAUAAAGAGACAUGAUAGAACAUUCAAGCUGACAGAUCCUUCUCCAGAGCACUGCCCUCCUGGGGAAUUUGUAAGAGAAAUAUCACUUGCAACUCGUAUUCAUGAAGAUUCUAAGAUAGAGGCUUAUUAUGAUGAGACUGGAACUAUUCUAGAGAUAAUGGUUCCUAAGUAUGGCUCUGAACCAGAAGAACAUGAAGUUCAUGUGUCUCUGCGUCCUCCCCAUCUCGGAACUAAUGAUCUUAUGCUUACUUAAGAACAUCAAAUUCAUGUCUGCUUAUCUGGUUGCUGUGAUCAAAUACAGUUGAAAUUCCAAGGACAAGGUUUUGGCUUUUUUUUUUCAAUAUUACUUCUCAGAAAUCAGGUGCGGGGUCAUAUAAAACUUCUAUUUUCCAUUUUUCUUGGUCAUUUUUCUUAUAGGAAGAACUUUGUUCUGCCUUCUGUAUCCAAUUGAUAAUUUGAUUUUUGUUCCCUCAAAACAUUAUAGAAAUAUAUGAAUUACAAUUUGUACAAAUAUUGAAUAUUCUGCGUUGUGAUGUCUUCAGCUUUUUAAGUC